GGCUUCCUGAGCCCUGGCACGGCCUCAGCCCCACUGACAGCACCGUGCUCCUCCCGCAGCCCGAUGGCACCAGCACACCCCUGGAGAUAGUGCUGCUGGACAAGGUGUCCACAGGCUUCCCCGGUGUGGUGCAGCUGCUGGAGUGGCUUGAGCUCCCCAAUGCCAUCGUGAUGGUGCUGGAGCGCCUGGAGCGGUGUCAGGACCUGCAAUGUUUCAUUCGGGCACGGAGGUUCCUGUCUGAGGAAGAGGCAUGGAAGCUGUUUCGGCAGGUGCUGGGGGCCGUGCAUCACUGCACGGUCCUGCACUGUGACAUCAAACCAGAGAACAUCGUGGUUGAUCUGGACACCGGCCAGACAAAACUGAUCAACUGCAGCUGUGGCACCUACCUUCAGGAGACAGCCUACACUCAAUUUGCAGGAACACCGUCAUACAGCCCCCCGGAAUGGAACGACUUCGGGUGGUACCAUAGCGAGGCAGCGACCGUCUGGUCCCUGGGCAUCCUGCUGCAUGAGAUGGUCUGCGGGGAGCACCCUUUCAGGAGGGGCAGGAACAUCAGCUGGGCCCAGCUCCCGCUGCUACAAUGGCUCUCCCAAGGUGGAUCCUCAUCUCCGGGCACGGGGGGAACACCAGUGUUGGGAGACUGCAGCGGGCUCGUGAGCAUCCCGCUCUGGCAGCUGCUGAGGAGGUGGCACAUGUCCUGCUCUCCUGCUCUCCUCCAAAACAAAGAAUUGAUGGGAAAGUUUAGGCCCAGCUCUGAGCACAUUCAGUGUGGCCUGAGCAUGGGAAUAGUGGGGCAAAGCAGACAGGAGCCUUCUCCAAUGACCAGUGGUUUGUGGUUUCUCUCCCCAGAUUGCCAAGUUCUGAUCAGGCGGUGUUUAUCCCUGCACUACUUGGACAGGCCCUCAUUAGAAGACCUGUUCAGUGAUCCCUGGAUGCAGGAUAUUCAUCAGCCAUAGAAGAAAGGAGAGAGCCACAGGCACAGUGAUGCAGGGACCUGCCGGGCCCUGGGCAGAACCCUGACAGCCUGGUGUCACCCCAGGGAAGAAGGAGCCCCUGGAGAAGCUGUACCAGGUGGGCCUGCUGCUACUGCUGGAGACAUGGAGGACAACAGCAAGGAUGACAACCUCUUCCUCCACCUGGCCAGCAGCAGCUGGCGAUGAUGGACUUUGAUUCUGGCACCUUCUUCAAAGCCAGGCUCCACAGUGAAUUUUCAGGAAGCAUUCUAGGUGGGGUCCAGUCUGGAUGAGAAUGUGCUUGGGACUAGCUGUGGCGUGGAUGGGCCGUGCCCUUGGAGAAGACUGAGGACAUCGUUUGGGACCAGCUUUUCUUCUGGCAGCGGAUGGUGUGAGCCGGGCUCUGCGGAUGCUGAGGCUGCUCUGGGCUCUGCCAGGGCUCUGCUGGGCUCAGCACCGGGCCGGGAUCAGCCAAAGAAGAAACGCUGUGACCUGCAGCAGAGACUUGAGCAUUUUGGCAAUGCAGCUCAAGUCUGCAGAGUGUCCACCUCCAAGGGAAAACAUGACACCCCCCAAAAAUUAAACUUGUUCCAUAACUUCUGAAAUGAAA